GUCCAAGAAGUCGCACCGCAACUCAUCCGCAACGCAAGUAUCCCUUUCUCUGCCACCCUAAAGAAAAGGAUGCAUAUAGUUUUCUUUGUUCUUAUUUACUGACAGAGUAUAAUUUACAAUUUCCUUUCGACCGACUUGAUCAGCUCGUCUGGUCUGGCCCUUAAGGCCGAGCUACCCAAAGACAAUAGAAUUGAGCUGUCAAAUUUUCUCAUUGGUCACUACUGUCAGUGUCAGUGUCUCUUCACAAGUUCACAUCUUUAUUUGCGUUUUCGUAUUUGUUUCAAUAGGAGGCAUAGGAGCACAUGUAAACAUCUUGACUGUUGAGUAAGACGCUUUUAGCACAAUAGUAUAACUUUUGAGAGUGAGAGAUGGAGACGAGCGCCGAGUCUGGCAGCAUGUCGCCGGCGCGCGUGAAUCUGGAGCCCGAGACGGACCAGUCGGAAAUGGCCCCUGUAAAGGAAGAAGCUGUAUUCCUGUAUGAAGAGGAGCGUGUGAAGGAGGAGUGGUCGGGCAGCACGGCCGGGCUCGGCGUGAGCGAGGCAGCCAUGCUGGCCGACUUGUACAUCGAGCACGAGGUGAAGGACGAGCUCGUGCUGGGGCCGGAGCGCCCGCACCGCCCCGUAGUCGCCCCGGCCGCCCUGUCUAAUCGUGUCGCAGCGUCCGCUCUCGUAUCCGCCGAGCCCGCACACACACCCAGCGCCAUCGCCACCGUCUAUCAGUGUCACCAUUGCGGCCAACUGUUCUGGGAUAAGCUGUUUUUAAAGAAACACGUACACACUCACUCACCUUUACACGAUUUAACACCAGGAGAUUAUAAUACAAAACGACACGAUGAUUUAUACAGUCAUCUGAGAACUCACACAGACGAUAAACCUUUCUGGUGUAGUCAAUGUGACUACAAGUGUAAGCGAAAAUAUAAUUUAAAAUCUCACCUGAAGACUCACACUGACGAGAAACGAUUUAGUUGCAGCCACUGUGACUACAAGAGUAAAACAAGAAGAGAUUUACAGAAGCACCUGAUGGCUCACACAAAUGAAAAGCCUUUUAGUUGUAGUCACUGUGACUACAAGUGCAGACGAAAAGCAAUUUUACAGUGUCACCUGAUGACUCACACAGACGAGAAGCGUUUCGGUUGUAGGCACUGUGACUACAAGUGUAAAACAAAAUCAGAUUUACAGAGGCAUCUCUUGUCUCAUAAAGACGAAAAGCGAUUUAGUUGUAGCCACUGUGACUACAAGUGUAGACGAAAAGCAAAUUUACAGGCCCACCUGAUGACUCACACGGACGAGAAGCCUUUCGGUUGUAGUCAGUGUGACUACAAGUUUAAAGCAAAAUCACAUUUACGGAGGCAUCUCUUGAUUCACACUGACGAGAAGCCUUUUAAUUGUAGCCACUGUGGCUACAAGUGUAGACGAAAAGUUGAAUUAAAGGCUCAUCUAAUGAUUCACACUGGCGAGAAGCCUUUUAGCUGUAGCCACUGUGACUACAAGUGUAGAAUCAAAGAACAAUUAAAGCGUCACCUGAUGUUUCACACUGACGAGAAGCCUUUUAAUUGUAGCCACUGUAGCUACAAGUGUAGACGAAAAGUUGAAUUAAAGGUUCAUCUAAUGAUUCACACUGACGAGAGGCCUUUUAGCUGUAGCCAAUGUGACUACAAAUUUAGACGAAAAGCACAGUUAAAGAAUCACCUGAGGACUCACACUAACGAGGAGCCUUUGUAGCCACUGCGAGUACUGCGACUACAACUGUUAGGGGCUCACCUGUGGAGCGCCUUUCAUGUAUGUAUACUAUGUGUGGUGAGGCUUCAAGUGCAGGAGGAAAUGAGAGUUACGGCCACACCUGUUGAAUCACUCUGGUUAAAAAACUAUUCAAGUUUCAAUACGCAUAGUAUGAAAAUUGUAUGCUCAUAUAAAUGUUACAUCUUGCGAGAUGGUGUUUUCAAUUUAUUCUUCAGAAUAGUUCUGUUCACUUUAAUCAAAUAAAUAUUAGUUCUGGGGCAAUAGCAGCUUCCGCAAAGAAAAAUCAUUGUUGAUAUUUUUUGCAAGUCUUGACAGGUGAUAUGGAUUUAUUCGUGGUUUUCAUAAAAAAAAGCAAUAUAAAUUAUGAACCUGUAUAAAUGUUUGAUAUGUAAAAGGUUAUAAUGUUAUAGCCAAAAGUUUAGCCAGCAAUGAUAGCAUACAAACGUUUAAGCAUGUAAUUAUUUUUAA